UCCUAUGCAUUCAAGCCUCCACGCCGAAAAGAGCAAAUUUUAUAAACAAUAUCGCCGCCAUCUUUCCAUACAAGCCGGUGUCUCAAAAUGGUUCGAAGCCGCAGUGCAAGCAGAGAAAAAAGUGCUGGUGCAAAAAAGACAGGGGAGCGAGGACGCACAAAAGAAAAGGAAAAAGAUAAGAAAACUAAAGGUGGUAACAGCAGUGGUGACAGUUCCAGUAGUAGCAGUUCCAGAUCUAGGUCAAGGUCAAGCAGUUCCAGUUCUAGUUCUGGCAGUAGUUCUGGUAGUUCAAGAAGCUCUAGUUCAGACAGCAGUAGUUCCAGUGGAUCUUCCAGCUCCAGAGAUAGAGGAACCAGACGCAGAACAAAGGCAGCAAAACCAAAGUCCAAGUCCAGAUCACGAUCACCUGUCCGGAGAAAGAAAAGAAGCCCAACCCCCAAACCAUCCAAAGUGCACAUAGGUCGUCUGACACGAAAUGUGAACAAGGACCACAUUCAAGAAAUCUUUUCUGUGUAUGGAACAAUCAAGAGCCUUGAGAUGCCCAAUGACAGACUACAUGGCAAUAUUUCCAGAGGUUUUGCAUAUGUAGAAUAUGAAAAACCCGAAGAGGCAGAAAAAGCUAUAAAACACAUGGAUGGAGGUCAGAUCGAUGGCCAGGAAGUGACAGCUGCAACCGUUUUAGCUCCCAGACAGCCCAGGAUGCCACCACGGAGAAGUCCUCCCAGGAGAGGCCCCCCACCAAGGUGGAGGCAAUCACCACCCAGGUUUAGGAGGAGGUCACCACCUCCAAGAAGACGCACACCUCCAAGACGGUCACGUUCUAAAUCAAGGUCAAGGUCACCAGCCAGACGAAGAAGACACAGCAGAUCUAGUUCCAGUGAAUCAAGAUAAAAAAUAAAUAGAAAAUACAGACUGAACUGAAUUUUUCAAUCAAGAUUGGUUUCUCUCUUUAUGUUACAUAUGUAGGCAGUAAUUAAAAGAUUUAUGGAAAAAGUGAAGAAAUUGUCUAGAUGUCAAUAUCAUCAAUUUUUUGGCUUCGCAAGAUGUUAAAUCUUUAAAACCAACAUGUGCAUGAAACAAUUGGCUUCAGAAUAAUUUUAAUAAUGUAAGUCCAACAAACAACUUUACCAUGAAUACCCACAGGGUCAACAUGAAGUUUUUACAACUUUUCAACUAAGUAGCAUUUUGUAUUUGUAUGUAUCAAUAUCAUGAUUUUAAUGUUCAUUAAAGAUCUUAGAUUAA